UCGUCUGUCUUGGCUGGAAAACUCUGGAGUUGGCUUCUCCUUGGAUUAUCCCACCAUAAGUUUACAUGCUGUCUCCAGGGACCUGAACGCCUACCCAUGGGAGCACUUGUACGUCAUGGUGAAUGCCAAAUUCAAAGAAGAAGAGACAAAAGAGGCUCCCAUGGCUGAAGGGGAGGAGGAAGACAGCGAUGACGAUGUUGAACCAAUUGCGGAAUUCAGAUUUGUACCUAGCGACAAAUCAGCCUUGGAAGCCAUGUUUUCAGCGAUGUGUGAAUGCCAAGCUCUGCACCCAGACCCAGACGAUGAAGAUUCGGAUGAUGAUUACGAAGGGGAGGAGUACGAUGUUGAAGCCCACGAGCUAGAACAAGGUGACAUCCCGACCUUUUACACUUACGAAGAAGGAUUGUCGCAUUUAACUGCAGAAGGUCAGGCCACUCUGGAGAGGUUAGAAGGCAUGUUGGCCCAGUCGGUCAGCAGUCAGUACAACAUGGCUGGAGUGAGAACAGAAGACUCGAUAAGGGAGUUUGAAGAUGGGAUGGAGGUGGACGUAGCACCAGUAGUUGCGGGGCAGUUUGAAGACGCAGAAGUCGAUCACUGAGGAGGACAUACGCUGUUAUUCCUCUUGUGGCACUUCCAGAAUAAGCUGUAAAAUUGAAGGCAUUGCAGUGACUAUCGGGAGUUAACCUUUCUUUUAAUGACCUAAGCUUAGACAUCUAGGUCUAUAAAUGCUUUUACAGGUGUUUAAAACAGGGUUUGACAUUUGUGACCACUAUGGGGUUAUUUAAAAAAAAAAAACAACAAAAAACAAUAAAACCUCUUGCAUCUAACACUUGAAUGGGGCUAAUCAGGGGGCGUUUCAAAGAAGCCUUUAGGAAUUCUAGGACUUCGGAAAUAAAACUGUAAGUAGAACAGAAUUUUAGAUUGUCCUAGAAUUUUCCAUAUUUUUGUACCUGUUCAUUGCAUCAGUGGGCUAGAAUGGAAAU